AUGUCCCGACACAAGCGCAAGCGUUCCCUCAAGCUCGGGCAGACGCGCAACCCAGCCAUCGGAUACACGCGGCAUACAACGCGCAUCCGCGGAGAACUGCGCGAGAAGAUCAAGAGGGAACUGGUCCGCCUCAGUGAAGACCCGGGGAUCGAGAUGCGCUGGACGCUAGAGCGGUUUGCGACGCACAUCUUUGUCAAGCACCGGCUGCGCCUCGUCGGCUGGCCGCACGGUACCAAGUUUGGCAACCUCAGCAACAUCGCGACAAGCUUGAACGCGCUCACCAGCCUCCACCAGCUGUGGGACCGCGGGGACCUGCGUUUCGAGCGGGUGAGUGUCGAGGAGGCGCAGGCGGCGAGGGAAAACUGCAGCCUCGCGGCGCCGACGCCGUUCGUCCUCCCACGGGGAUCGCGGGCGGACCGAGGCGAGCGGCGGGAUCCGGGCGUAGUCGAGUUUGGGAUGUGGCACCGGCGGAUGUCGUGUAUGAUGACAAAGUCGCAGCGGGAGAUUACAUCGGAGGACGAGGCGGAGGCGGAGCGGCCGUUCGGGAGGGAGGCGUCGAGCGACCCUAUAGAGGAGUUCAGCUCGGACGAAGAGGUUUAG